GACUGAUGUCCUUAUCAAACAACCUUGGAAAAUCUCACUUCUUCCAUGGGUCUCUGUACACAAAGCCAACGACCUCAGGAAGGUUUCAUCCCCACCGAGAACGAAAACUUUUAACGAUCUGACCCUCGCCGCGCUCGAGGGCUCCCUCUCAUGAUCGCCUGACAUCACGUGCUCAUGACAUUUCUGACCAAUCAAGAAUCAAUCCUAGCUGCCUGUACACAGACCAUCUCCGAGCUCCAGUCCUCGUUCAUCCAUCAUACGUACAGUACAGUACAAACUCCCUCAUCAAUCCACCUGUCCAACUCACACUAUCUCCCCCCCUCCAAUUGACUCCUUAACUGCAUCCCCACGACCAUGUUCCGCACCUCCCUCAUCGCCGCCGCCCGGCCCGCCGUUGCCUCGCGCCGCCUGCUUUCGACGACUGCUCGCGCCAUGGGAGGCGGUGACACUGGCUCUGGUUUCUCUCGGGCCGGGGGUGAGCGCGCCGGAGACGCCUUCACGAAGCGCGAACACGCCGCCGAGGAAAUGUACAUCAAGCAGGAAGAGAGGAUGAAGCUCCUGGCAAUCAAAGAGAAGCUCCAGCAGCAGAGGAAGCACAUCGAGGAGCUCGAGAAGCACAUCGACGAAGUGACCGCCGAGCGCUCUGGCGGCGAGCAGCAUUAAGCUCAUCACCACGCAAUCUAUCAUAUCAAAGAAUGAAAGAAUGUAACAGUUGUCUAUGUAGUUGGCGAGCGUCCGUUAGUGCCACACCACACUCUGAGAUGACGAUGAAUCUUCUUUCCUCUCCCCUCUGGCGCCCGGUCUGGCACGCAGGUUUCGCAUUUGAGAGUCGGCCACCUGUACUCUCUGAAAGGAUAGCAAUCGCGAGUGCUUCAGGUACCUUCGAGUAAAUAUAUGUUCUGAUAUGUUGACGAAAUCUCGGUCGUUUUGGCUAUUCGAACGAGUUCGUGCAGUCAAUGCAUUGUUCCGCCCGCCAAAGUGCUCACGCUCUACAUUCGCUUUGUAUCAUUCCGCGAUUCCAUAAUCAUACACUUGUCUCUCAUUCCCAGUGAACAUUCUUGAGCUCGUGCUCGGCUUCCAGCCCCCAAA